AUACACAACUGUAUGGUGCUUUAUGGUGUAACGAAUGAAGAUAAAGCGAAUAUCGCGUUGUUUGUGUAUCUGUACAACACUUAAGUAAACGUACCGAAAGUCAAUUUUUGAAUGAUAAGACAGCUCAGAUGCUGUUUGUGUGCUGCCUCACUCUCUUCACUCUCACAUUAUAUAUUACAGUCGUUGAAAUUGUCAAAGACGAUCGUGAAAAUGAAGGUGCAAUCAGUUCUCGGUCCAAUCGAUCCAUCUCAACUCGGCCGCACUUUAACGCACGAGCAUUUAUCGCUCGAUUUCGAUUUCUUCUACAGCGAACCACCGAAGCAGCUAAAUGAAUUGUUUACCAAUGAAAUCACGCUCGCCAAUGUGGGAGCUAUCCGCCAGUAUCCGUACGGCAGUCACUAUAACAUAAACUUUUACGACGCCGACACCCAUCGCAAUGUGAUCGACGAUGUGCUGCUGUACAAGAAAUACGGUGGCGGAACAAUCGUCGAGAACUCUUCGUACGGAUUGAAGAGAAACGUGCGCUUUAUGUAUGAUGUAUCGAUCGGAACGGGUGUUCAUCUGGUUGCUGGUACCGGGCAUUAUAUCAACAAUUUGCAGACGGAAGAUCAUUUAGCUAUGAGCGUGGAGAGCAUGGUGAAUUUGUAUGUGAAUGAGAUAGAAAAAGGCGUCGACUUGAACGGGGAUGGGAAGACAUUCGUGAAGUGUGGAUUCAUUGGCGAAGUUGGAAGCGUCUAUCCGAUUCACGAAUUCGAACGGCGAGCAAUUGAAGCGACUGGCAUAGCUCAAGAACAACUUCGCUGUCCGGUUUCCUUCCAUCCGGGCCGAGAUGCCGCAGCUCCAUUCGAAAUCGUUCGGCUUUAUUUGGAAGCGGGAGGCAAGCCGGAUAAAUGCGUAAUGUCACAUUUAGAUCGAACAAUUUUCGAUUCCGAGAAGUUGCUGGAAUUCGCCGAAUUAGGUGUCUAUUGCCAGUUCGAUUUAUUCGGAACGGAAUGUUCACACUACCAAUUGAAUCCGGCGGCUUAUAUGCCGUCAGACUAUCAGCGCAUCCAAAGCAUCAUUAAAUUGUCGAAGGAGGGCUUUACUAAUCGCCUGCUGAUAUCGCAUGAUAUUCAUACCAAACAUCGGCUGGUUGGCUUCGGAGGCCAUGGAUACGCUCAUAUACUGAACAACGUUCUUCCAAGAUUCGUCACCUAUGGACUGACUGAUGAACAAGUCGAUCAAAUUACAAUUACGAAUCCGGCCGAUUGGCUCUCAUUUUCAUUGAAUGCGACGCAGUAACACUGAUGAGACUGGCAAAUUUGAAUGGCGCAAUUAACACCACACCGUGAUAACAGCACACCGUAAAUGUAGGUCAUCGCAAAAAUGAAAUCCAAAACAACAGUUGCGUUCCGAUCAGUUUCGGUGUACAUAUAUAGCGUAGGUAUAAUUGUAUUUGAAUGUAAAUGUUCGCUUUCAUCAUAAUAUCGUUUGUGUUCCGACAUUUAUUCAAUAAAUGCGCCGUUCGCGAGCAUCACCAAAUGGAA